AUGGCCGGAAAAGGAGUAGCUCGGGCGAUUGGAAUUGAUUUGGGGACGACUUACUCGUGCGUCGGAGUGUUUUCCCAUUCGGACCAUUCCGCGAACGGCAUCGUUAUAAUUAUCAACGAUCAGGGCAACAACACGACACCGUCUUACGUCGCCUUCAAUCACACCGAGCACCUCAUCGGCGAUGCCACUAAGUAUCAAGUCCUUGGGAACCCUAUCAACACCAUUUUCGAUGCGAAACGAUUGAUUGGUAGGAAGUUCAGUGAUGCAUCAGUUCAAGGUGAUAUUGAGCACUGGCCAUUCAAGGUCAUUGCUGGUCCCAGUGAUAAGCCAAUGAUUGUGGUAAACUACAAGGGCGAGGAGAAACAGUUCGUUGCUGAAGAGAUCUCAUCCAUGGUUCUCACUAAGAUGCGUGAUAUUGCUGAGGCCUAUCUCGGCUCCACGGUUAAGAAUGCAGUCUUCACUGUCCCUGCUUAUUUCAAUGACUCUCAGCGCCAGGCCACUAAGGAUGCCGGAGUCAUUGCCGGCCUCAAUGUCAUUAGUAUCAUCAAUGAGCCCACUGCUGCUGCCAUUGCUUACGGUUUUGACAGGAGAGCUGCAAGUGUGGGCGAGAAGAAUGUGCUUAUCUUUGACCUUGGCGGUGGCACUUUUGAUGUUUCUCUUGUCACCAUUAAGGCGACGGGUGUCAUUGAAGUGAAGGCCACUUCUGGGGACACUCACCUUGGAGGAGCAGACUUUGAUAACCCCAUGGUGAACCAUUUGGUUCAGGAAUUCAAGAGAAAGCACAACAAAGACAUCAGUGGAAGCCCUAGAGCUAUUAUGAGGUUGAGAGCUGCUUGUGAGAGGGCAAAAAGGACUCUUUCAUCAGCUAUCUGGACAACCAUUGAGAUUGAUUCAUUGUAUGAGGAAACUGAUUUCUACCCAAGCAUUACUCGUGCCAAAUUUGAGGACCUAAACAUGGAUUUCUUUAAGAAGUGUGUGGAGAGUGUUGAAAAGUGUUUGAAGGAUGCCAAGAUGGACAAGAGCAGUGUCCACGACGUAGUCCUUGUCGGUGGCUCUACUAGAAUUCCAAAGGUUCAGCAUCUAUUGCAGGACUUCUUCAACGGGAAGGAGCUGUGUAAGAGCAUUCACCCAGAUGAGGCUGUUGCUUAUGGUGCGGCUGUGCAAGCUGCAAUCUUGAGUGGUGAGUACCAAGAGCUGUCGCUGUUGGAUGUAAACCCUCUGUCCCUUGGCGUGGAAAUUGUUGGAGGUGUCAUGUCUCUUGUGGUUCCAAGAAACACUACAAUUCCUACCAAGAAGGAGAAGGUGUUCUGUACCGUUUAUGAUAACCAGCCCAGUGUGCUGAUCCAAGUGUACGAGGGUGAGAGAACAAGAACAAGCGACAACAACUUGUUGGGCAAAUUCUGGCUCUCUGGCAUUCCUCCUGCCCCUAGACAAGUUCCGCAAAUCAACGUCUGUUUUGACAUUGAUGCCAAUGGUAUCUUGAAUGUCUCGGCUGAGGACAAGAGCAUUGGUCAAAAGAACAAGAUCACUAUCACUAAUGAAGAGAACAGGUUGUCCAAGAAAGAGAUACAGAAGAUGCUUCAGGAAGCUGAGAAGUACAAGUCUGAAGAUGAGGACUACAAGAAAAGGGCUGAAGUCAAGAAUACUUUGGAUUCUAUUGCUGGGGCCAUACAGUGGAUGGACAGGAAGGAACUUGAGAGCGUCCGCAAACACACCACUUCCAUCUUCAGCCGGUGGAAGUGGCGCAGGCCCCAACAUUGAGGAGGUUGAUUAAGUACUACCAAGCUUUUUUACGCAAUCAGGAGUCUGUUCUUGGUUACAUGAACAAACCAUAGCUUGCUUGCGCAACUUUUUUUUUAUUUUUUAUUUUCUUACAUGAACUUCUAUGCGUGUGAAGACAUGCAUUAUAUUUAUAGGUUGUGAAGGGCCUUAAAUGUUGAAACUAUAAACUCCAAAAUAUCAAUUGAAAUUUAAGAUCAAAGUAGACCAGGACCAUCUGUGAACCAAAUUGUUUAUGACAGUUAGGGACUCGA